AUGGACGACCAGGUCAUCGACCUGCUCGACAGCGAUGAGGAGGCCCGGCCGGCCCUCCGCCGUGGCAGGUCGGCCACCGCAUCGCAGCCGCCCUCCGACCCGGUCGAGCUGAGUGACUCGGGGGAGGCCGAAAAGCCGGUGGUCUUGCUUCAGAGCACGCUCAGCUUCGCCCGUGCGGACGAACCCCGGGCCGAGCCCCUGGCCACCCCGCGACCCAAUGCCGCCGUGGCCCUGGUCCAGUCGCGCAUCGGGAGCUACUUUGCCGCCGGGGCCGGAGCGGUGCCGGAGUCGGCCGACGCGGCCGGCACCGGUGCCGGCCCCGCACCCGGGCCCGCCUCGGCCCCCGCCCCAGCCGACCCCAACAGCGCCACUCCCUCGGACUUGGACGCCCUCGCGGCGCAGGGGCUCGGCGUGCGGGCGGCCAAUGCCGAGGAGGUCAACCAGCGCCUCUGGGUGCAGGCCGGCCAGCGGCGGGUCUACCAGCUGGAGAAGUCGGUUCUCGAGGCCCAGCGGGACAUCCAAUUCCGCGAGACUUCACUUCAGACCGGCAAGAUGGUGCUGGAGAACCUGCGCCAGCGGAAUGCCCUUGAAUCGAUGGUGGCCUUUGAGGCCGAGCGCGUCGGCAAGCAGGAGACCGACCUGCGGAAGCGCCGGCGUGCGCUCGAGCAGAUGGAGGUCCACCUGUCGGAGGCGCGCCGCAUGCUGGCUGCCGGGCCGCCGACCGGGUCUCGGCGGCUGACCGACAUGUGGGCCGGGCUCGAUGGCAACCCCCCGGAGUCGGAGUUCGAUCGGCAGAUUCGCACCGGGCAGAUGACCCCGAUGGAUGCCCUGCGGCAGGACCGCCAGCGCCAGCGCCAGCAGCGCCUCGAGAGGGCCUCCGGGCUUUUCCGGCCCGGGGCGGCGCCUCCCCCGGGAGCCGGCCACUCGCGGGCCCCGCCCCCUGGGCCCCGGCCUCCCCGCCCAGGCGAUGGGGCGCCGCGCGCUCUCCCGAGCGAGGCCUCGCUCGCACGUCGUGCGGGCAUGGUCCGCCCGCGCCCCGGCACCCCGGGCGCCCUGCCCCCGAGCAAGGCCCCACGCUCCGGGCGGGCCUCCUCCCCGGGGGAGAAGCCUGCCGCGGCUUCCUCGCGACCGCGGCUGAUGGAGGUCAUCCGGGCGAUUGACGAGCGGCGUGCUCGUGGCCGCGCGGCCCCGGCCCCGGAAGACUCGCUGCCUCUGCCGGAUUCGGCAGACGGCAUGACUCGCAUUCAUUGUCAGUGUGGCGCGGCUUUUGCCGGCCCCUCCGAGCCGAUAAUCGAGUGCACGCGGUGCCUGCGCUGGAGCCACCUGGCCUGCGAGGGCCUGCUGGAUGAGGCGUCCGGCCCUCGGCCUGGCGCCAUCCAUUCCGGCUUCCGGUGUUCCUUCUGCCUGCGCCGGAUGGCCGCCGGGCAGGCCUCCAGCCGCCAUGCCCGGCGCUUCGCCGAUCCGGCCACCGGCGCCUCGGGCACCGGUGCUCGCCAGCGCCCCGGCGGCACCCUGCGCCCAGACGAGUAUAGCGCCUCCUCCGAUGAAGAUGCCUUCCAUUUGGGCGAGGGUGGCCGGUCGGACAGUGGCUCGGAUCUGGAUCUGGAUCUGGGCGAGGGCCCCAGGCCUGGUCGGGCGGCGGGGCGCCCGGCCGCCGGGCCACUUCGGCGGCCAGGUGCUCGUGCGGCCGGCCGGUCGUCGGGCCGUUCGGCCAGCGAGGCGCCCUCGGACUCGGGGUCCGACUCGUCGGGCCGCUCGGACUCCGAGCCGGAGACCGAGGACCGGGACCCGGACGACAUGGGCUGUGGCACCGGCCGGGCCGCCCCGGGCCGGCGCCGUGUUGUCACCAAGGAGGAGGAUGCCUUCCCGGAUGAUCGGAAUGAGGCAUCCUAUGUGGAGCGCGUCGUGCGCCUGGCACGAGUGAGUGUCCUUCGACGCCUGCGUCUGCUGCUGGACAUCCCGGAUGCCCGACUCAACCGCUUCUCGCCGGAUGCAUACACGGGCGUCCAGGCGGUGGGGGAUGCCCUGUCGACGGGCCGCGCCGCGGUCCUGCCCCUGCUGACCGGGCCCGAUGCGCCGCCCUGCGAUCCGGCCGAUCUGGCCGAUGUCGAGGCGCUGGCCGACCCCGGGGCCUGGAAUCUGGCUCGCGCUCUGGCGGCCCUUGGCCGCGGGCAGCCGGACGAUAUCUUCAUCUUCGAUGAGCCGGAGUUCGAGGAGGGGGAAGAAGGCGUCCAGGCCGAGGUCGAGCCGGCGGAACGCCUGCGCGUGCCGCUCGAUCUCUGGGAGGCCCUCUUCGACUACCAGCGAACCUGCCUCCGGUGGCUUUGGCAGCUGGAGCUGUCCAAGGUGGGCGGCAUCAUCGGCGAUGAGAUGGGUCUCGGCAAGACAGUCCAAACCGCGUCCUUCAUCCAUGCCGUGCAGUACACCUUCUCCUGCCUGCCCCAUGACACCCCGGCCUACAUUCGUCGCCCGACGAUUGUCGUCUGCCCGGCCACCCUGAUCAAGCAGUGGGCGCGUGAGCUGCGCCUCUGGGCGCCGGCCCUUCGGGUGGUGAUCUUCCACACGUCGCUGACGGCGGGCUCGAGUGCCGACGAGCUCCGCCGGGUAUUCCGCCGCGUGUCCAAGCUCCCCAACACUAUCCUGAUCACCACCUAUGAGAGUCUGAAGUCGCAUGCGUCUGCGCUGCUCGGCUCACGCAUGAGCCGGGCCUUCCUGGACGAGGGCCACCGCAUCAAGAACCCGGACGCGGCGAUCACCAUCGCCUGUAAGCGACUGCGUACGCCACACCGGGUCAUCCUUUCCGGGUCGCCGAUCCAAAAUCGCCUGAGUGAGCUCUGGUCGCUGUUCGACUUCAUUGUUCCCUCCAAGCUCGGCACUUUGCCCGUUUUCCAGGCGCAAUUCGAGACGCCCAUUCGCCUGGGGGGCUUUUCCAAUGCGACUCUGCUUCAGCGCCGGACAGCCAUUCGCGUGGCCUCUGUCCUGAAGGACAUCAUCAAGCCCUAUCUCCUUCGUCGACUGAAGGCCGAUGUCGACCUGGUCCUGCCGAAGCGCACCGAGCAGGUCCUCUUCUGCCGGCUGGCCGACGCCCAGAGGGCCGCAUACCAUCGGUUCUUGCGCGGGCGCCUGCUCGAGCGCAUCCUCGAUGGCUCGGUCAAUUGCCUGGUCGGUGUCAGCCUGCUGCGCAAGAUCUGCAACCAUCCUCUGCUGGAAACCGAAUCCGAGGACCGGCUUGAUCCCCGGCGAGCUGACCCGCAGGACAGCGGCAAGCUGGCCGUGACGAUGGCCCUGCUGCAGGCGUGGUCCGGGCGUGGCUCCCUCUCCCCGGGGUCACCCCCUGCGGUGGAUUCGGGCCCCGCCGCGGGCCCGGCCCCGCCGCGGACCCUCCACCGGGCCCUUGUGUUUGCGCAGACGCGUCAGAUGCUGGACAUCAUCGAGGCGGCCGUGGCCCUUGGCGGGCAGCCACUUUCCGCGGACGAGGUGGCUGCCGGGGGCCUGCGGCCGGACACCCCCCGCCGGGGCUUCCGGUACAUCCGCAUGGAUGGCACAACCCCGGUGGCCCAGCGCGACGCCCUGGUGACGGCCUUCAACAAUGAGACCCUCCUGGCACGGAGUGUCAGCAACAGCGGGGUCAAUCCCUUUGCCGAGUCGGUCCUGGCCCGGGCCGAGCAGGCGCCCGAGGCGGCUGGCCCGGGCGCCGACAUGAUCGGCCCCCCGGAGCCGGCCUUCCUCUUCCUCCUCACAACGCAUGUGGGUGGCCUGGGGUUGAACUUGACCGGUGCCGACCGGGUGCUCAUCUACGAUCCGGACUGGAACCCGGCCACGGACUUGCAGGCGCGCGAGCGAGCUUGGCGCCUGGGGCAGCGGCGCGAUGUCACGGUCAUCCGUCUUCUGACGGCCGGCACCAUCGAGGAGAAGAUCUACCAGCGCCAGGUAUUCAAGCAGCUCAUUUCCAAUCGCGUGCUCAAGGAUCCCAACUCCACGAACGAUCGGGCCGCCUCGAUGGCCGGCAUGCUGCUCGGCUCGCGCGAUAUGCAUGACCUCUUCACGCUCGAGGAGGAUCCCCUUCCGCCCGGGGGCCCGGCUGGCGGGGGCUCCCGGUCCGAUGUCCCGACCAAGACCGAGAGCCAAGUGGACGGGGUACUGCGCCUGGAUGAGCGCCAGUAUGAGGAAGCCCAGCCCACUGCCCAAAGUGAGGAUAACAUGAUCCUGCAAGAGCUCCUCAACAGCAAGGACAUCCACGCCUCGGAGUCCCACGAUUAUCUGAUCGGCGAGUCGUCCGGCUCCAAUGGCGAUUUGACGACGGUCUCUUUUACUCGCUUCCACCAAGACGAAGCCCAACGCAUUGCCGAGCAGGCAUCGCGUGCUCUGCAGGAGUCUGGUGAGCGCAUCCGCCAGGCGUACCGGACCUCCUUCAAUCAGACCGAGGACGAGUCCCCCAGUUCGGUGGGCAUGCCCACAUGGACCGGGCGCUUUGGUGAGGCCGGGCAGCCGGACGAGCCGAAGGACACCGGGCCGGUGGUGUGGCUGCGUGGCGGGUCGGCUGGGCCGAGUGCCGCCCCGGGGCGCCGGAAUGCCCUGCCCCCCCAGGCCGCUGAGCCGCCCCGGCAAUCGGCCUUUGAUCGGCUGCGCCUCGAGCGGCAGGCCCAACAUGCUCAGCGCCAGCAGCAGCAGCAGCAGCGUGCUGGGAGCACCGGCCCCGGCGCGGGAACGGCUUUCCAGCGGGAAUUCGGCACCGGGGCCGGUACCGGUGUGGACCGCACGGCGUCGACAUUUGCCCGGCCGGAUGCCACGCGUGGGACAUUCGCCGGGUCGGCUCUGGCAUCCAGCACUCGCGGCCGCACGGCGCUGGCGGGGGCUGGCAUCGGGCCGCAGGCGCAUCACCUGGCGCGGCCGGGCUCCGGCAGUCGUGGUCUUUCGGAGGAUGACCGGGGCCGUGGCUGGGCCGUUGGCUCGCUGGUAUCCGGCGCCGGGCCCGAUGAUGACCCAUACCGGCAUCCUCCGCACCAGGGGGAGGGGCUUGCGUCGGAUGAGGAGGGUGCCCCGGGCCCGGGGGCCUCCUCGUCGAGCCUUCUGUCGGCCUUCCGCCGGCGACGCGAUGACGCCAUGUCCAGCACGUCGGUCCUGCGCACGGUUCGCGUGCGCUCAGCUGCCCAGCCGACCCCUUCGCCGGGCGAGCCUGCCCUGGCCGAGGGCGCUCUGCCGGAAAUCCUAGAUCACUUCCGGCGGCAGCCCAUCUUGAGCUUCGAAGAUUUGAAUGCCGCCGCUGCGGCCAGCGGCGCGAUCGAGGGGGGAGGCCAACUCCCGAGCCUGCUGGCCCGGUCACCCGAGCACCGGCUCGCCGUGCAGCGUCUCUUCGAAUCGGUGUCCGAACCGGUGGCCGGGGCCGGGGUCGGCGAGCAUGACCCACGAGUGCCGCGCAUGCUGAAUCGCGAAUUUCUCCCCUGAACACAUCACCAAUAGACACACACACACACACA